UUUCCUUUUUUGUUGAUAAGGAGUCAGAUAAAAACUUUCACAACCCUGAAAAAAAUGGAGUGCUAAAGAUCACAAAAAAACCAAAGUCAAGGCUUCCUAUGAGCACCAGUAUUAUUCAACUAAAGAGCUUCAUUGAGACCUUACUGUAUAAUGUAAUAUAUACAUAUAUACUCGAGAUUCGAUAGCUUACUUUAUUAUAGGCUUCCACCGAAUUGGCGAAUAAUAUUGAAAAUACUAGGAGUCUGGUAGAGUACAAAGCCGAAUGUAAAUUCGUGAAGAGAAUCUUUUCAGUUAUGGCUAACGUGGUUAACAAGUCGCCUUCGAUGACGCAUUCUGAGGCAACCUUUAAUUACAAAAUGCUUCAUCCUUGUCUCGAAGCUACUGUUGACCUUCUUGGCCAUGAGAUUCAUCCUGAACCCUACUACGUUCCCGGCGAAGAGCCUCUCGAGGCGAUGAUUGAACAGCUGGUUCUAACAGGCUCAAAAGUCGACCGCAGGAAAGUGUAUAAUGCUGAUGGCAUAAUUCGGCUACGCGAUUUUUAUGACAUUGAAGUUCUUUUGUUGGAGACGGCAGGCCACUUCCAGAAUAAGGAAACGAGGAAAAUUUGCUUCGACAACAGCAAAGGUAUGUUCGCUCUCCUCGCCAUGCUAAAAAGUACUGCUGAUCGCUUUAGCCGUGCUACACUUGAGACUUUUCGAAAUCUUAAGUUUUACUUUGUUCAGGCUAGCGAUGAGCAUAUUCGUCUUUGGUCAGCUCAGUAUGCCAGCAAUGGCAUCUAUAAGUUUGCUCUUGAGGACAAAGUUGAAGUAACAGAAGACAGACAGCAAGUCCAACAAUCAUCAGUCUCGCUGUUAGACUUUUUUUUCAAUGUGAAGACUUGUUUAGCAAAGACUUUUACUGUGUUACAAAAACUUCAACGUGAGGAUGAGGAAAACAACGUGGUCAGCAGCCAAGAAGUUCUACUUCCCGAAAUUAUUUGUCCUGAGAUUUUCCGUUUGGCUUACAAUACCCAUGGAAAGGGUUUUGGAACGUAAAAAAUUGAAUAAGGUCUACAUAAUAUAUCUAAUCAAUAAAUUUUAAAAAGCAUUUCAGCUCUCGAGCUUUUCUUAACAUUAUUUAACAUUGAGUUGUAUUAACAGCUUAUUACUGUGUGCUCAACCAUUGAAAUACAGCGCACUUGUUGCAAUAAAGCUGCUGUUAACAGCUUUGUUGUUGAUAGUCUAAUUUACAGAAAGUUUUUGUGUUGAACCGAAGUAGAGAGCCAAGACCGCUUUUGUCAUUCUCAUCAUUGAUGAAAAUUGCUACAUCAAUCAGAUUCGCUUCUUCAACGACGCAACCAGGAAGAAGUUUAUAGCCAAACUACAAUUGAAUAUUAAAGAGCUCACAGGCGUUUAUUGUCAAUGAAAUUCACACAAUUCUUAUAUACUACUUUAGAACACUAGCUAUCCAAAAAAAAAAAAAAAAAAAAAAAAAAAAAAAAAA